UACACAACAAGCACAAUACUGGGUACGUAAAAUUUUCAUUCCUUGCAUCACACUGUUAGAAAAUGGCGGAGGGAAACGCCCCGUGUGUUCUUGUUACUGGUGCUUCAGGUUUCGUUGCAAACCAUUGCAUCAAAAAGCUAUUGGAAGAUGGAGAAUUUCGAGUUAAAGGGACAGUUAGAAGUUUGUCGAAUGAAACAGUUUGUGAAGCUUUGAGGAAUUUGGUUCCUGACGCAAAGUACCCACUUCAACUUGUGCAAGCAGAUUUGCUGGACGAAGGAUCAUGGAAAGGUGCCGUUGAGGGUUGCACGUACGUCCUUCAUGUUGCUUCUCCAUUCUUCACUGAGACGCCAAAACACGAAGAUGAGUUCAUAAAGCCAGCUGUUGAUGGAACCCUGAAUGUUUUGAAGGCUUGCAAGGAAGUGGGUGGUGUCAAAAGAGUCGUUCUCACCAGCUCAAUGGCUGCAAUUUUCGUCGGCAAUUUGAAGAAAGAACUUGACGAAGGAGACUGGUCAGAUGUUAAAAAAGCAAAUGCCUAUGAAAAAAGCAAAUGCUUAGCGGAGAAAGCUGCUUGGGAUUUCGUUAAAGAAUUGCCGGACGAAAGCAAGUUUGAGUUGGUAGCAAUCAAUCCUGGCUUCAUCAUAGGCCCCCUUCUGAUGAAGAAAGAAUGUGCCAGCUUCAAAACCAUUAAACAGCUUUUGGUUAGAGAAAUGUCUGCCGUGCCUGAUCUUCGUAUUGCUAUUGUUGAUGUAAGGGAUGUUGCAGAGGCACAUGUGAAGUCCAUCACAAACCCAGAUGCUGCUGGGAACAGACACAUAUUGUCUGCAGGAAACAAUUCCUACUCUUUUUUGCAACUGGCUGACAGUCUAGCAAAAGAAUUUAACAGCAAAGGUUUUAAUGUACCAACAAAAAAAGCACCAAAACCAUUGUUGUGGUUUUUUAGUUGGUUCAAUAAGGAUCUCAAGGCUUCUUAUCCCUAUAUAGGUGUAGCUUGGAAGAUGAAUAAUAGUCGCAUGAAAAAUGUACUUGGUAUAGAAGGUCGAGAUAUAAAUGAGGCUGUUGUAGCCAUGGCCCAAAGUAUGAUUGAUCUUGGAAUGGUUCAAAAGCCACCAGAAAAAAUCCCAGGUGGAGGUGCAACAGGAAAAUCUGCCGAGACUGCUAGUAAUGAGGGAAAGAAGGAUGGAGAUUCUACAGGAGAAGCAAAAGGUAAGGAAGAUGGAGGAGAAGUUGAGGAAAAGAAGGAGGAAGGUAAAGAAGAUAAUGGAAAGGAAGAAGAAGGUAAAGUAGAUGAUGCAAAAGAAGAAGAAGGUAAAGUAGAUGAUGAAAAGGAAGAAGAAGGUAAAGUAGAUGAUGAAAAGGAAGAAGAAGGUAAAGUAGAUGAUGAAAAGGAAGAAGAAGGUAAAGAAGUUAAGGGAGAGAAAGAGGAAGAAGAGGGAAGAGAGGACAUAGAAAAGGAAGGAGAAAGUCAAGAUGCCGAAGAAAAAAAGGAUGACAAGGAAGACAAACAGAAUGAAAAGUAGGAUUGAGUGAAAGAUGAGAAGGAAAUGGAAAGUAGGAAUUAGAAUUUUGGCUGCCAUUAUGAAUAACGACGAAGAAAUUGUUAAGGUAUGUAGUAAUUUAGAAAUUAAAAUUGGGUUUUCAUAAGGGAUUUUUGUGACAUUAAUAUGCAGCUGACUAGGCUUGAAUUUUAUGAAUGUAUUCUUAUUUACUUUUUGCAUCUAAAAAGUUUAUUUCUUGGCUUCUAUUUAUAGAAUAGCUUGCUAAAAUAGAGAAAAAAGGCUGGAGUUUUAGUUGGUGUUGCUUUAUUUAGAUCAAGGUGCAGGCAUGCAGUAUGUCAUAUUUAUUGAUAAAAAUGAGAACUGAUCGCGUAAAGGGGUAAAAAUUUCCUUUGUUCCUUCAUAUGAAUGGCUCUGUAGGAACCUAUCCCUGCAACAUUAUGAAACCCCCCCCCCCCCAUUAAACUUCCCUCCCGUAUUUCUGAGUAGAAACUUCAUAAAUAUAGAAAUAUGAAAGUGCAAACUUCUGAUCCCUUUUGCCUGAACUGAAAUAUCUAUUUACCUCUUUCUUUCCCUUUUAUGUCAUUUUAGUUUCAUAAAAAACCUGAAUUCUUGAAAUGGAGAUUAGUAUACUUGAUUUUUAUAACAAAGUUUGACACAUCAACCGUUUUGAAAUUUCAAAAUUAAGUUCCAAGGAAGUGUGUCAGCCCAUACUUUUAUGCAUUUCAUUAGCACAACAGCCACAAUGGAAAUUGUUUACCUCUAGAUACAACUUACACUGGUAUCUUUGCAUCAUACUCAUAUACAUAUAGCUCUUAUAGUUUUGAAAACUCACAGAUAUUUAAUAUAAAAUGUCAAGUCUUGAUUAUAAUUCAUUGUAUCAUAGAAACAUAGAAUUCAAA